GGCCCCGGGAGGAGGAUGCGGGCGGCGGCAGCGCUGGGCUGGCUGUGGGGCGCGCUGCUGGCCGCGGGGAGCAGCCCGCCCCGGCUCCGCCUGCCCUACCGCGAGCUCCUGGGUACCAACCGCUCCAUCCUUUUCUUUGGCCACCGGGGCUUCCUGGGCUUCCGCUCCCUCUACCUGGAUGAGUACCGUGACAGGCUCUUCAUUGGGGGCAAGGAUGUGCUCUACUCCCUGCCUCUGGACAGGGCCAGCACUGACACCAAGGAGAUCUACUGGCCACCACUGCCCGGACAGACGGAGGAGUGUUUUCAGAAGGGGAAGGACCCAGCAACCGACUGUGCCAACUACGUCCGCCUGCUGCAGCCCUACAACCGGACACACCUGCUGGCCUGUGGCACGGGUGCCUGCCACCCUGUCUGCGCCUUCAUCUACGUGGGGCACCGUGGAGAGACCCAGCAUGCCUUCAAUUUGGAUCCCGGUAGCAUGGAGAGCGGUCGUGGCAGGUGCCCACAUGAACCUGACCGUGCUUUUGCCAGCACCAUCAUCGGUGGGGAGCUCUAUGCUGGCCUCACUGCGGAUUUCCUCGGCCGUGAUCCCGGCAUCUUCCGCAGCACCGGGACCCGCGCUGCGCUGCGCACUGAGGUGGACCAGCGCCUGCUCAAUGACCCCAAAUUCGUGGCUGCUUACAUGAUCCCAGACAACGAUGACCGAGAUGAUGACAAAGCUUAUUUCUUCUUCACGGAGAAGGUGGUGGAGGCAGACAGCAAGGAGCACACCAUCGUCAGCCGGGUGGCACGGGUCUGCGUGAAUGAUGCUGGAGGCCAGAGGGUGCUGGUCAACAAGUGGAGCACCUUCAACAAAGCCCGCCUGGUGUGCUCCGUCCCGGGUCCUGGUGGUAUUGAUACUCACUUCGAUGAGCUGGAGGAUGUCUUUUUGCUGAGGACCAAGGAUGGGAAGAACCCAGAGAUCUACGCACUCUUCAGCACUGUCAGCCAUGUCUUUCAGGGCUCUGCCAUCUGUGUCUACCGCAUGACCGACAUCCGCGAGGUCUUCAACGGGCCCUUUGCCCACCAGGACAGCCCCCUCCACCAGUGGGGAGCCUACGAGGGCCGCGUGCCCUACCCGCGCCCAGGCGUGUGUCCCAGCAAGACCACCAACCAGCCCCAGCGGCCAUACAGCAGCACCAAGGAGCUGCCUGAUGAGGUGCUGCACUUUGCCCGUGCUCACCCCCUGAUGUACAGGGCUGUGCGCCCGCGGCAUCACCGCCCGCUGCUGGUGAAGACUGACCUGCAGCAUGGCCUGCGCCAGCUCGUGGUGGACCGUGUGGACACUGAGGAUGGGCAGCAUGACGUCCUCUUCUUAGGGACAGAUGCAGGCUCGGUGCUGAAGGUGGUAGUGCUGCAGAAGCAGAGCUCAGCUGUGACAGAGGAAGUUGUUCUGGAGGAGCUGCAGGUUUUUAAGGUUCCAGUGCCCAUCACUCAGAUGGAGAUUUCUGUCAAGCGCCAAAAGCUUUAUGUGGGUGCCAGCCUGGGGGUGGCCCAGGUGCGGCUGCACCAGUGCAAGAGCUAUGGCACUGCCUGUGCCGAGUGCUGCCUGGCCAGGGACCCGUACUGUGCCUGGGAUGGCACCGCCUGCACCCGCUACCAGCCCUCGGGCAAGCGCCGCUACGUCCGCCACACCAGCUCUGUGCACCAGUGCCUGGACCAGAACCUGACUGUGGAUGACUUGGAGCACGUUGAAGAGAAGGUGCUGUAUGGCAUGGAGCACAACAGCACCUUUCUGGAAUGUGUGCCUCGCUCCCCACAGGCUAGCGUGCAGUGGUUUGUGCAGAGACCCCCCGAUGAGCAGAGGGAUGAGGUAAAGACAGAUGAGCGGGUCCUGCAGACAGAGCAAGGGCUGCUCUUCCGCCAGCUGCACCGCCAUGAUGCUGGGAUUUACUACUGCAAGACACUGGAGCAUGGCUUUACCCAGACAGUGGCCAAGACAGCCUUGGAGGUGCUUGGGGGCGAGCAGCUUGCCCAUGCUACACCCCGGCAACGGGAGGACAGGCACCUGCCCUGUCCUGAGUCCUGGCUGGCAGCACCUGCACCCAAAACCUGGUACAAGGACAUCCUGCACCUCGCCAGCUCAGCCAACCGGCAGCGGGUGGAGGAGCAGUGCCUGCGCCUGUGGUGCGGCCACCGCAAGGGCAAGAUGGCCAAGGGCAAGCACGUGCUGGCUGGCAUGGAUGUGGGCAAGAAGGGGCGCGUGGCCAAGCCGCAGGGUGAGAGGAUCCGUGUGCCCCGGCAAGCUGCAGCCACUUAGCACAGGGGACCUGUCCUCGGGCAGAGCUGCGGCUGCACGAGGUCCUUCCGUCCCUAGGACUGGCUCCUGGGCAGGUCCUGUCCCCCUCCAAAUGGGCUGUGUCAGGGGGACCAAGCCCCUCACUCCUGCUGGCGGCUGCCAGGCACAGGGUCAUGGUUGCCUGAGUGGCGGAGACGCUGGGGAGCUUGCUGGCUUUCUCCACAAAUAAAGAGGCCGAGUGUGGCACCAGUC